AUGAUCUGUUGCCAAAAUCCUGGCCGCAUCCCGCCGGAGCUGGGAAACCGUGCAGAACUGCAGCUCCUUCGCUUUGGAGGCAACCAGAAGAGCGGCCCCAUCCCGCCGGAGCUGGGAAAUCUCGCAGAACUACAGUCCCUCGUCCUUGCAAGAAACCAUCUGAGCGGGUGA